AGUCCAGUCUAAUCCAGCCUUUCUUGCGCACCCAAUCAGGGGUCCAGCCGCAGCAUCGCUUGCAAAGGCCCGCCCGCCUCGCCCUCACUGGCUCAGUCCCCCAAAAUAGCGCUUGUAGGUGCAUUUAGCAAUUACAGUGCAGCGCUGGAGUGCAUGUGCUAGGCCUGCCCAGCAUGCUAGUGCCAGUAAAUCCAUGGGUGACCCCAUGGUUCAGCAUGGGGAGACGUUCCAUGGGGGUCCCUCCACUGUCAAUCCUUCUUUUGCAACGCCCAAUCUCCAUCUGAUCGCCCAUUGUGCCCGCGCCAUCUUGUCGUCCCAUCACCAUCAAAAAAGGGACCAGAAAAAAAAAAAAAAAAAAAGAGGACGGCUGACUGCUGCAACUCACCAGCAACACGCCCAGCCCGACAAACGGCUACGGUCGACUCGACGCCUCGCAGGAUCUGCCCUGCUCUGCUCGGAUCUGCUCUGCUCAACGCAAGGCAUCUGUGCUUUGGGCAAGCUCCAGCUUUUUUUCAGCUUUGAGGCCAUCGUCGAGUCGAGCCGCUCAGCUUUUGCCCCCAGUCCCGCACCCGUCGCCGCCCCUCUCCAGACGCCAGACGCCAGACUCCAUCGUGAGCCUCAGUCUCGCCAGAGUCUCUCCUGCUACGCGCCUUGUACUGCACUUUUUCUGCGCUUCUUUGCCCUGCUUUGCCCUGCCAUUGCCGGCGUCUCGGUGCUGAGCCUUGCCCUGCCAGUCACACGACGGUGCGCUAUCGGCUGUCCAUCAUCUUUGCCCAGUCCUCGCCGAGCCUCUUCGUUCCCUCGCAUGAUCGGGCCCGGAUCUUAACCGUUGGCCGGGUCGUUCCGUUGGGCUGGUUUUGGCAGCCAUGUUGUAUUGAGCGCAUCCUUAUAAUCGCUUUCCUAGGCAGGCUGACAUAGAGGGACAUCGUCUCGCCAAGUCCAACAUCUGUCCUGUCUCUCUGUGUUGUCCUUUUGCGUCCCGCUUCCGCUGCCGGUCCCGUCACGGAGGUCCCGCAAGACUAGAGAUCAAGGACAAGAGAGAGGAAGAAAAAAGGGGAGCCACUCUGCGGAAGAAUAUCUUCGAGCGGCUGUCGAUCGGAGUCGAGGCCGUUGUGCAAUCGUUUCUCUGCUUUUUUUGUUUCCCGUCUACCGACGCGGCGAUCCGGAUCCCUCCCUUGA